AAAGACAAGUUUAAGUACUACUUCCUAAAGACAAUGAUAUUCUUUACCCGGUCACUAGAAAUUCUGUUAUUAGGGAAGGAAACAUAGUAGAUGAAAGUGUAGGGAUAAAAGAAGCCCAAAGCAAAGGUGACAUCAGGAGAGAAAAUUUUGGUUUCACUCAGAUCCUUGUUUAAUACAAUAUUUAAAAACAAAACUUUUCCCAGACCUUCUUUUUAUCCUUCCCCCUUCACAUUAUCUUCAGUAACAGUGCUUGCCAAUUCUCAGGUCUCCACACACUGUAGAAUGUCAGGGAGCUGGCAAACUCCCAAUCUGCAGUUAGUAAGGCUGUGUCUGGUGCAUGUAUAAUAAUAUACAGGUCCCUGAGUUUCCUCUCUUUUGUCUAAAAAUGAAACUCAAGUAAACUGUCACUUACUUUUUAGUGUUGUUAAUAAUAAGUAGUUCCUAAUUUGAUGCCCCUACCUCUAUCUUAGUGUGAGAAUUAGUAAAAUAAAUAACACUACACCAUUUUAAAUUUUGGAAAGAAAGGCACUAUGAAAACAUGAAGUAUUUAUUAUUGCUUGAAUUGGUAAAACAAACAAAAACCACUUAAACCUUGUUUGUUUAGGAAGUUUUGAGACCAAAGACCAUAAUAAAACAGACAUAGGAGUUUGCUUUAGGAGAAUAUAGUCCCUGUUCCACACCUGUCUUUACUACUUUUUUGUGUGCUCUAUAAACUCCUUGAUCAUCUAACCGAGAUAUUUCCUAAUGAGCCGUUCCAACAGUUUAGCUCUAUCCCAUUCUCAGCAUGCAAUGGCAUAGCUGCAACAUCAUGCAAUCAAUUCCUAAAAGGCACAAAACAAGAUUUUGACGUGAGGGGAUAUCCCUCAUUUAAAGUUCCCUUCUGGAUAAGAUACUGGAGGCCUCGUUGCAGGGAAUUCUUGAGUGAAAACAAUAGGAGGAUGAGGGAUUGUGAAGGUUUCUUUCCUAAAGAGAAAUAUCAAUAAAAUAACCCUGUUGACAGUGUAAAGCAGUGCUUCUAUCUGGGGUCAAGGCUAGAGCAAUGGACCCCUUAUCCCACUCAUCCUCUUCCUCUGAUAAAGCCCCAACCAGGACUGAGAAGUCUUGCUUCAUAAGAGCCUCGAGGCCUUUUGAAAAAAUCCUUGAAAAAGAAGGGGACAAAGGAAAACUGGAGUUAAGAGAACUGUCCAGUGUGUUUCUGGUGGCUGGUCCAGAAGAUGCCUCAGUUCCUGCUUCUCACCUGCCUCCUCAUCACAGUCACACCUGUGGCACCAAUGGCCCUAGAUCCUUGUUCUGCUUACAUCAGUCUGAAUGAGCCCUGGAGGAACACUGACCACCAACUCGAUGAGUCUCAAGGUCCACCUCUAUGUGAUAACCAUGUGGAUGGGGAGUGGUACCGCUUCACGGGCAUGGCAGGGGAUGCCAUGCCCACCUUCUGCAUACCAGAAAACCACUGUGGAACCCAUGCACCUGUCUGGCUCAAUGGAAGCCACCCUCUAGAAGGGGAUGGCAUUGUGCAACGCCAGGCCUGUGCAAGCUUCAAUGGGAACUGCUGCCUCUGGAACACCACAGUCGAGGUCAAGGCUUGCCCUGGAGGCUACUAUGUGUAUCGUCUGACCAAGCCCAGCGUCUGCUUUCAUGUGUACUGUGGCUAUUUUUAUGACAUCUGCGAUGAGGACUGCCAUGGCGUCUGCUUGGAUACCAGCGAAUGCACUUGUGCUCCAGGAACCGUGCUAGGCCCUGACAGGCAGACGUGCUUUGAUGAAAAUGAAUGUGAGCAAAACAACGGUGGCUGCAGCGAGAUCUGUGUAAACCUCAAAAAUUCAUAUCGCUGUGAGUGUGGAGUUGGCCGCACGCUGAGAAGUGAUGGCAAGACUUGUGAAGACAUUGAAGGAUGCCACAAUAACAAUGGCGGCUGCAGCCAUUCUUGCCUCGUGUCUGAGAAGGGCUAUCAAUGUGAAUGUCCUCGGGGCUUGGUGCUGUCUGAGGAUAACCACACUUGCCAAGUCCCCGUGCUGUGCAAGUCGGACGCCAUUGAAGUGAGCAUCCCCAGGGACCUGAUUGGCGGUCUAGAGCUCUUCCUGACCAACACCUCCUGCCGAGGAGUAUCCAAUGGCACCCACAUCAACCUCCUCUUCUCCCUCAAGACCUGUGGCACAGUGGUAGAUGUGGUGAAUGACAAGAUCGUGGCAAGCAACCUUGUGACAGGUCUACCCAAGCAGACCCCAGGGAGCAGUGGGGACAUCAUCAUCCGAACCAGCAAACUGCUGAUCCCUGUGACCUGUGAGUUUCCGCGCCUGUACACCAUUUCCGAAGGAUACGUUCCCAACCUUCGAAACAGCCCACUGGAAAUCAUGAGCCGCAGUCAUGGAAUCUUCCCGUUCACCCUGGAGAUCUUCAAGGACGAUGAGUUUGAAGAGCCUUACCGGGAAGCUUUGCCCACCCUCAAGCUUCGAGAUUCCCUGUACUUUGGCAUUGAGCCCUUGGUGCACGUGAAUGGCUUAGAAAGCCUCGUGGAGAGCUGUUUUGCCACCCCCACUUCCAAGAUCGAUGAGAUCUUGAAGUACUACCUUAUCCAGGAUGGCUGUGUUUCAGAUGACUCAGUAAAGCAGUACACAUCACGGGAUCACCUAGCAAAGCACUUCCAGGUCCCUGUCUUCAAGUUUGUGGGCAAAGACCAUAAGGAAGUGUUUCUGCACUGCCAGGUCCUGGUCUGUGGAAUUCUAGAGGAGCGUUCCCGCUGUGCACAGGGCUGCCACCGGCGAAUGCGUCGAGAGGCAGGAGAAGGAGAGGACACAGCUGGUCUGCAGAGCCAGAUGCUGACGAGCGGCCCAAUCAGCAUUGACUGGGAGGACGUGGCCGAUCCCACACCCUAGUCCUGGCUUCCGGCUGCCCGCAUGUUUGGACCUUCUCCCCGCUCCUUCUGAGAACAUCAGUCAACACCCUAGAACACUGCCCUUCUUUAAACCUCAUGCUGUGGGUUUAGACAAAUUCCCAGAACCUACUCUCUCUGAUUUCGGCCCACUGAGUCAGGAGAGGUCAGCUCACUGCUGACCGACCUGACCCAGUGGGGGCUUCAGCCUCCUAAGGUUGAAAGCUAUGCUGACCACGCAGAAAGCAGCUCACCCCAUCCCCCCAGUUCUUUCCUACAAUGCAGUAGGACCGCCGAAAUCAAUACUGGGUAUAAUAUUUCAAAUUAAGAACUUAAAAAAAUUAAAUUGUUGCUUGAAACUAUGACUUAAAUACCCAAUGAUCCCUUAAAUAUGUAAAUAAUAAUUAUACCCUGAAAUUUCAAUUCAAAUACAGAAUAGUUAUAGGAGAUUUGGAAAUUUAUCAGUGUAAGUGUGUACUAAAAAAUAGUAUUUGGUUUUUCUCUUACACAAUAUUUUCUUUUGAUAUUUUUAUAUUGUCUUAAGUAAAAUAGUUUCAGUUAAUAAAUAUUAAUAAAUUCAUUAACAUGGAUUUAAGUGGUUCAAUGACUGAAUGGCAGACAAACUUAAAGUUUGGUAUCAUAUUCCCUGUUUUUUGGCAUUCUAUGCCCUCAGAUGAUAAGACAAUAGAAAAAGGUAUAAAACUAUACCAUACUAUUUUGUAGGUGUUUAAUACAUUUUAUUGAAAUAAAUAUCAUAAACCACAGAGAUAAAAUUUUAUAUGCAGUUAAUUCCAAUUUUUUAAUAUGCCAGUUAAAUCAUGACUUUAUAUAGGAUCAAAAAACAGUUUUUCUUUUUUUUUCUUUUUAGAAAAGGCUACAAUCAACAAUUCUUAAUGGAAUCAAUAGAAUUAACAAAAGGAAGGGAAAGGAGAAAAUGAUCUGGAUUGGAGCUGGCCAGCUUUUUCUGUAAACGGCCAGAUGGUAAAUAUUUUAGGCUUUCUGGGCCAUACAGUCUUUGUCACAAGUAUUGAACUCUGCUAUUAGACAGGAGUGGCCAUAAACACAUGUGCAUAUGCCUGUGUUCCAAAUAAAAUUUACAGAAAUUGGUUUUGGACCUGAUUGGCCCGGGGGCCUUUAUUUGCCAAUCCCUGACCUUAGGGGACAUCAGAAUCAUUUGGGGAGCAUUUAUACAA